AUGGACAACGCAUCAAACUGCGAUACGACGGCCACCAGGGAACUUCCGAAACACAUUUCAACGUUUCGUGGGAAGCUUUCACGCGGUCGUUGCUUUGCACAUACCGUGCAACUUAUGGUAAAGGUCAGCAUUGAUUCAUUCUUCAUGUACGCAAGGCAUACACAGGCGAUCCUCGACUAUUUCGACACACAUUACAAGCCAAAGAAGAGGACUGUUGUCGUUGCCGGCACUCAAAGUUCCGACCGUACUCGCUCAGGGCCGGUAACAACUCUUCCUAGCGCUGCUGAAUCCCGUGAUGUAGAGGUUACAGCAGUUGAAGGAGAAGAAUAUCAUGGCGAGGAUGCAGAGCUCGCAGAUAUCAUGGAGGCGAGCUUGACGGCAGAGGAGAAAGCAAUCAUAGAGCGGAGCGAUGCAGGUCAAUCUGCCCACGAUGAGGCAGUGGUGAGUAUGAUUCGCGAGCGAGCGACAAGGGAGAUGGCCGCUCGGGGUGUAGUGAUUCCGGAUGCAGAGAUGAAGGCGGCGACUAAGAUUUUUCCCAAGAUCAGCGGCUUAGCCGUCAAAGUCCGAGAUUCAGCAGUCGUAAGGUACAAGUGGCGGAAAGUUGCUGAGGCGAAUCCUCCGAAUCCGAAGUAUGGCAGCGACUUGAAAUACCUUGCGACGCGUAACAAGACCCGCUGGGACUCAGAAUUUUCCACGCUCAACUCACAUCGGGCCUUCUUGAAAGCUGUAGAUAUCAUCGUCGCCGACAAGGACCUAAAGUUGCAGACUUUCAAGCUUACGGCUGUGCAGAAGACACUUGCAAGUGACCUACAUGACAUGCUAGCGCCGUUCAAGAAGGUCAUGGCAGUGUUUCAGUCCCAUGUGACCCUCAUUAUCGACGUACUUCCCGUGUUCCUCGACCUCGAGCUUCGCCUUCAGUCCAUGUCUAACGAUGCAAGGCUCCUGCCUGUCUGUAGAGUCGCGGCCCAUGCAGGGCUUCUUCAAUGCCAAAAGUAUUUCAUCCUGUUUCAAGAAUGCGAGGCCGUCGCGUUCUCAAAUGUAUGUUGCCCAGACAGGAAACUUGCGUGGUUUCGUGAUCGUGGCUGGUCAGACGACCAAAUCGACAAGCUUCGUGAAGGAGUGAUCACUCGAUUCAAUAAAGACUACAAAUCUGCCCCCGAUAACCAGCCAGCCGCUCAUCCUUCGCUUCCUGACAGCCUCUCCGUAAGUUUGCGUUCUCCUUUGUCAUUUAGCUGA